GCCUGCAGCUUGGGCAACUGCCGGUCUCCCAUACAACCGUGCCCAGGCCUGCGCCCUGGAAACUCCAGGCACAGACCGACGGAUGCCACCACAAUUGGAUUAUCUCGCCCAGCCCCAUGCUAUAAAAGCUGCCAAAGUUCUUGCUGAAGUCAACAUCUCAGAGUCUAAAGUCCGAAAGCACAAGAAGACAAAUGCACAUCAGAAGAACGUUGUUUGCCAGACAUCGGACAGAAUGGUUUCCUGCUUUCUCUCCCUGUCCUUCUGCUGUUUUGCAGUUUCAGCUAUCCCACUUGAUUUGGCAACAUCACAAGAGACAGAAGAGGAUGUCGACGCUGGAAUGGAUCAAGACAUAUUCAACAUAAAUGAAGAACUUGGACUAGAUCUCAUAGAAGGAGAUAUCAUGCAUGAUAUGACCACCGACAGAAGUGCAAUUACUGAUGAAAAAUACAGGUGGCCAAAGAUGAUUCCAUACUAUCUGGAAGAUAGCUUAGAUGUAAAUGCUAAAGGUGUCAUCCUUAAAGCUUUUGAACAAUAUCGUCUUAAAACUUGCAUUAAUUUUAAGCCUUGGACUGGGGAAGCUAACUACAUCUCCGUAUUCAAGGGAAGUGGGUGUUGGUCAUCGGUGGGUAAUCAUCAAGUUGGCAAGCAGCAGCUCUCAAUCGGAGAGAGAUGUGAAAGAAUUGCCACCAUUGAACAUGAGUUUCUCCAUGCGCUGGGAUUCUGGCAUGAGCAGUCAAGACCCGAUCGUGAUGACUACAUCCAAAUAAUGUGGGACAGGAUUGAAAAUGGUAAGCAACACAAUUUCAAUAAGUACGACGACAAGGUGUCCAUCUCACAGAACAUACCGUAUGACUAUACCUCUGUGAUGCACUACAGCUCAACCGCUUUCAACAAUGGCUCAGAACCAACAAUUGUCACCAAGAUUGCUGAAUUCAGUAAGGUGAUCGGACAGCGCAUGGAGUUCAGCGAUUAUGAUCUCCAAAAAGUCAACCGACUCUAUAACUGCACCUCCUCGCUCAGCUUUUUGGACAGUUGCGACUUUGAACUUGAAAAUAUCUGCGGCAUGAUACAGGAUCCAAAAGACAGCGCAGAUUGGCAGCGAGUCUCCCAGGCUCCGGGUGGGCCUUCAACAGACUUCACCAACAUGGGCAACUGUAAAGGUAGUGGAUACUUCAUGCACUUCAGCACCAGCUCAGGCCCGGUGGGACAGAAGGCCUUCUUGGAAAGCAGGAUAUUUUACCCAAAGCGUGGGUUUCAAUGCCUCCAGUUCUAUUCCUUCAACAGUGGAAGCGACAAAGACGAGCUAAACAUUUGGGUCAGAGUUUUCAACAAAGAAAAUCCCAAUGGUACUUUAACUAAAAUUAGAGGAGUAGAAGUUGCAGGUCUGAAUUACUGGCAGAUUCAUCACGUCAGCCUGAAUGUCUCUGGGAAGUUUCGUGUUGUCUUUGAAGGGGUGAAACUAGCAGCCUCAUCCAAUGGAGGGAUUUCCAUUGAUGAUAUCAACCUUUCAGAAACCCACUGUCCAACCCAUGUGUGGCACAUCAGGAACUUCACCGAUAUUCUGAACAGAAGCCCGUCUGGAAACGCUGGGGUUAUCUACAGUCCAAGAUAUUACUCCAUUGAAGGUUAUGCAUUUCAAAUCAGGCUCUACAUGAAUGGUACAAGUAAAUCUCCCUUCUAUCUUGGUAUAUUCUUUCACUUAGUCAGUGGUAUUCAUGAUGAUCAUCUACAAUGGCCAUGCCCAUGGAUGCAAGGGACCAUGCUCCUGAUGGAUCAGCACCCUGACAUUAGACGGCGCAUGUCACACCAGAGAAGUGUAACUACAGAUCCGAAUAAAACCCAAACUACAGGUAAUGAAACAUGGUUCUUCUGGGAUAGGCCAAACAAAGUGGGAUAUCUGGUGACAGAAGCUGAUGGCAGUCACUAUUACCGGGGUCCAGGCUUGGGAAUCGACGCUUUCUUAUCCCAUGAAAGACUGAAAAGUAGAGAGUUUGUCAAGGGAGAUGAUGUUUAUUUCCUUCUAACCACGGAAGAUGUAUCAAAUCUUGUAGCCAGUCAGCCUACACCAUCAGCUCCCUACCAUUCCACCACACCCCAUCCUAUCACCAACUUGACCAGCAAGCCAGCAACUGACAAACCGGUGACCAGCAAGCCAGAAUUAUGCAUUGACUUUCAAUGUCAAAAUGGAGGAGUCUGCGUUGUACUGAAUGGAGAGCCUGUGUGCAGGUGUCGAACAGGUGAUAAUUGGUGGUAUUCGGGCAGAUACUGUGAAAACCUCAGUGAACAACAAGAUACUGUUGUAAUUGCUGUGACUUCAUCUGUAGUCAUCUUCCUGGGCAUGCUGCUGAUCACACUGCUCACUGCAUACUGCAUGAGGAAGAAGUACUGGGAGGAAAUGAUCAAGUCUGACAAGGAAGUCGGUUUAGCCAAUACCGCAUUUUGAAAGGCUCUAAUCAUGGAAAAGGGACAGGAAACUCCAAGCAAGGACAUUUCAGCAGAAAUCCAAAUCGAACUGGACAGAUUUGUGAAUUGUGAUUUAGCUUUACAAAUAUGUGACUUCUAGUUAAAAAUUGUACCAAAGGAGCUGAUUGUAACCAUCGAUGGUGUUUGAACAUUAAAUGUACAGCAUUGCAUGAAAAUGUUAAAUAAAAAUGACUGCAAAACAAUC